CCGCAUUCACGUUCAUAACAACGUUCUACAAGACAUCACCUAGCCUUCCAUGCUACUUUCUAGAGGGAAGCUACUUGUAACUCCCAAUAUUACAACUACAUCCAGAUUGUUCAGUACUUCAUCACCAAGCUUCACCAUGGCAACAAAAAUCUCCAAUUGGGUUGACCCAAAGGAUAAAUCGGGAGAGUUCAAGCGUGGAGCGUCGGUUUUUCGCAAUCAUAUCUCCAGAGAAGCAGGCGCCGAGUUUCCUGCCGAGAAGGGGCGCUACCACCUCUAUGUGUCCUAUGCUUGCCCUUGGGCGCAUCGCACGCUGAUCGUAAGGAAGUUGAAGGGCCUGGAGGACAUCGUCCCAUUUACCGCCGUACACUGGCACAUGGGCGAAAACGGUUGGCGAUUUGCAACCGCUAAGGAUAAGGAUGCUCCUGGCGAGAACGUGGGGUCAGACCCCGUAGCAGGCCAUGAGAAGUACACCCACCUCCGCCAGAUCUACUUCCAGGUGGACCCCAACUAUACCGGACGAUUCACUGUGCCCACGCUCUACGACACUGUCCAGCACAAGAUUGUGAGCAACGAGUCUGCGGAUAUCAUUCGCAUGUUCUACAGCGAGUUCGAUGAUAUUCUUCCCCAGAAGUAUAAGGAUGUAGUCCUUUUCCCUGAGAAUCUCCAGGCCAAGAUUGAAGAGGCGAAUGGCUGGAUAUACGAUCUCAUCAAUAACGGGGUUUACAAGUCUGGCUUUGCCACAACACAGGAGGCGUACGAGAAGAAUGUCGUCGCUCUGUUUGAGGCGCUGAAUCGGGUGGAAAAGCACCUCGAGAGCAGCCCAGGACCAUACUACUGGGGCGAUAAGGUCACCGAGGGCGAUGUGAGACUGUACACCACCAUUGUGAGAUUCGAUUCAGUGUAUGUCCAGCACUUCAAGACGAAUCUUCGGGACAUUAGAAGUGGGUACCCAGCCAUCCACAAGUGGCUGAGGAACCUGUACUGGAAUGUGCCUGCUUUCGGAGAGACUACGCAGUUCGAGCAUAUCAAGAGGCAUUACACGAAGAGCCACCCGCAAAUUAACCCAUUCGGAAUUACGCCUGUGGGACCAAUCCCAAAUAUUCUGAAGGUGGAUGAGGAGGUUACUGCGGUAAAGUCUGCUUCUAAAUAAUGGAGCAGGCUGUAAAUAGUCAGAGA